CGGGGCCGCGCGAACGGCGAAGCGGCAAGGCCAGAGCUCAGCCUGAAGCGGGCGGUGGGGCAGUGCAGUGGUCAGGGAAUUUCCUGAGCUGCCUUUAAUUACUUCAGGCUUUCUUCGAAACCUGUAGAGGAUUAUCUUCUGUCCGAAGUCACCCGCUCUAACUGACUGUGCUCAAGUCAGGCUGUGUGGGGAGCAGGAGCUUUAUCUACCGUAGAAUGACAGACGGUGUUGUGUUUGCCCCCAGCACGGUUAUUUUCAGCUCUGGGGACGGUGGUGUUGUGGAUACCGGAGGGCGGGUGACGGUUAACGGAGCUUUAUGGAGCGGUUAGCGGGACGUUGAGCGCUCUAACUCCCGUUCGUAACAAGUCAAACCGCCCCAAUCCAGCUCAGCGAUAUACUGUGCAGCUUGGACGAAAACCACACCGGAUAGAGAAGACCACUGUCAAAGUUUAGAGGCCCAGUGACCACCAUGGGUGCCUAAAGAUCCUCCAAGAGCACCGUCUGAGACUAACUGUGCAGACUGAGUCAUUCCCUUUUCUAUCCAGUGCUGCAAUAAACUAAAACUAGUUGGACUUUUAUCUCUUGCACCCUUCCAUAACCUCAGGGCUGGCCACCCUCUGCAUUCUGAGGACGACCUUGGGAUCUGCUUUUUUUUGCCCUCAUCCAAUCACUUGAAGCCUGGUAAAACACUGAGAUGGCAGCUCAAAUGACCGAUGCUCAUCGACGGUUCCUGCAGGUUCUGAUGUCUAAUGGGAUAACAGAAGGAUCAGAGGCCAGGAAAUUACACCAGCACUGCUGUGAAACUGAUAAAGUUUACUACGCACAUGAUAAACUGGAUGAUUUCAUCAGCACUAUUAAUAGCCACCUGCAGCCUUUGUUUAUGCAGAUCCGGAAAGGUCUAUCGGAAGACAAUGGGAGAGCACAUUAUGCUGUAGUGAAUUUGGCGGAAACUGAAGUAACUAAAAUGGCAUCUGACUAUACAGAAAUUGAAUUGGAAUUGUUCAGAAAAACAAUGGACCUAAUAAUUUUAUCAGAAAAUGGCUUUGCCUCAUCUACAGAUAUUUUAAACUUGGCUGACCAACUUAAGACAAGGAAAAUGAAGAAAAAGGAAGCAGAACAAGUGCUGAAAGUUUUUGUGGAGGAUAAGUGGCUGUCUGAGAAAAAUGGAGAAUAUACUCUGCAUACACGGUGCAUAAUUGAGAUGGAACAGUACAUUCUCAGCAACUACCAGGACGUGGCAAGGAAAUGUAACAUCUGUCACAGCCUCGCCAUCCAGAGCCAAGUAUGUGAAUCCUGUGGAAUUGGAAUGCACUUACCUUGUGUCAGAAAGUACUUCAGAGGCCAGAGUGAACCCCGCUGUCCCAAGUGUAAUGAAUUCUGGUCUUGUGACACCCCAGGUGUGAGUCGGAUGGGCUCACCACAGAGCUCCACUCUUGGUGCUAGAUGAUGCCAGUAAAACUUGAUGUCAGUGACAUCUCUUUGCCGCCACUCUGGCAGAAUAGCCAGACUUUAUUGUAUUCAAUUAGUAACAGUGCUCAGUGUACCCAUUUUCUAAAGUUCUAAGAAUCUUAAAAUAAAACUAUUAUUGAUGUUCCUGUUCAUAGUAA